UUACUGAAAUUUGUUAUCAUAGAGAUUAAGGCUAUGUUUGAGAUGUUUGAUACUGAUAGUAGUGGUGACAUCAAUACCAAGAAGUUGUGUCAAAUGAUGAACAUCCUGAGUCCGAACCCCAUCAGAGAAGAGUUGAAUGCCAUCAUUGAGAAAGUGGAUGAAGAUGGAAGUGGCACCAUUGACUUUAAAGAAUUCUUGGCGAUGAUGGUGAGGCAGAUUAAAAAUUGGGUGAAAAAAGAGUUGGCAGAAACAUUCCGCAAAUUUGAUAAGAAUGCUGAUGGAUUCAUUGACUUUAUUGAGCUGAUGAACAUCAUGUAUUCUGCUGGGAUGCUUGUUACAGAUGAGGAAAAUGAUGAACUCAUGAGGGACUUGGACAAGAACAAUGAUGGCAAACUUCACUUGAAUGAAUGGAUGAAGGUGAUAGAGAAUGUCCAGGAAAUGACCAACAUUCCUUAG